UUUCUUCUGAAGAAAAAAAUUAUUUCUCCACUUUUGCCAUUCGCCAAGGGUGUGAAAGGCAAGCAACUUUCUGCAUUUUUGAACUUCAUUUUUACGCCGAAAUUCCAGCGAUGGAGGCCCUUAUACCAGUUAUAAAUAAACUUCAGGAUGUAUUUAACACCGUGGGAUCCGAUGCUAUACAGUUACCCCAAAUUGUGGUGAUUGGGGCUCAGAGCAGUGGAAAGAGUUCAGUACUUGAGAACUUAGUGGGACGAGACUUCUUGCCAAGGGGAAGUGGGGUAGUGACUAGAAGACCCUUGGUGCUACAGAUGAUCCACAUUGAUCCACAAGAUAGAAAGACUACAGGAUUAGACGGAGAAGGAAUUCAUUUCGGAAAGGUUCAUAAUGAUGAGAUUCAGGCAGAUGAAUGGGGGAAGUUUCUACACACCAAGAACAAAGUAUACACAGACUUUGACAAUAUCCGAGAUGAGAUCGAGCAGGAGACGGACAGGAUGGCCGGCUCCAAUAAGGGAAUUUCCGCCGAUGCUAUCAAUCUGAAGAUCUUCUCACCCAAGGUCUUGAACUUGUCUCUGGUUGAUCUUCCAGGGCUUACCAAGGUUGCAGUGGGGGACCAGCCUGAGGAUAUUGAGCUACAGAUCCGAGAUAUGAUUCUUCAUUACAUCAGUAACCCUAACUCCAUCAUCCUGGCUGUGACUGCGGCUAACACUGACAUGGCUACGUCAGAGUCUCUCAAACUGGCUAAGGAAGUCGACCCUGACGGUAGAAGGACUCUAGCCGUGAUCACCAAACUGGAUCUUAUGGAUGCUGGAACCGACGCUGUUGAUAUACUCUGCGGAAGAGUUAUCCCGGUCAAGCUUGGAAUUGUAGGAGUUGUUAACAGAAGCCAGAUGGAUAUUAACCAGAAAAAGGUAAUAACAGAUGCAAUAAGGGAUGAGGCUGCAUAUCUACAACGCAAAUACCCUGCACUAGCCAAUCGUAAUGGAACACAGUACCUUGCCAAGACACUCAAUAGGUUAUUGAUGCACCACAUCCGUGACUGUUUACCAGAGUUGAAGACCAGAGUCAACGUCAUGAGCUCCCAAUUCCAACAACUCCUAGCAUCCUUCGGUGAACCAGUAGACGACAAAAGUCAAACCCUCCUUCAGAUUAUCACCAAGUUUGCUGCUGGGUAUUGCGCAACCAUUGAGGGGACAGCUAAGAAUAUUGAAACUUCAGAAUUGUGUGGAGGAGCCCGUAUUUGUUAUAUCUUUCAUGAGACGUUCGGCCGAACGUUAGACGGUAUCGACCCACUGGGUGGGCUAAGAACUAUAGACAUCCUAACAGCUAUCAGAAAUGCCACGGGUCCACGCCCCGCACUCUUCGUACCGGAAGUCUCCUUCGAGCUUCUUGUCAAGCGACAGAUCCGUCGCCUUGAGGAACCAAGCCUUCGCUGUGUGGAACUCGUACAUGAAGAGAUGCAACGCAUCAUCCAACACUGCGGCACGCAAGAACUGAUGCGCUUCCCCAAGCUGCACGAUCACGUCGUUGAUGUUGUGACAACGUUGCUACGGAAACGCCUCCCAACAACAAAUUCUAUGGUUGAAAAUCUAGUUGGUAUUGAGCUGGCAUAUAUAAACACAAAGCACCCAGACUUCGCAGAUGCUAGUCUGGUUAAUGCUCUAGUUGAACAUCAAGAAAGAGAACAAAAUAAAAAGAAAAAUGAGCUGGUCCCAGUCUCCUCAGCAAUUCCUGAUCAGCAUGUCAACAAAGUUACAAAGGCUGUGUCUCAGAUGGCAACCAGUGAUGGGGUCUCUCUUCCUAAGGAGCUAAGAGAGACCAAUGCAUCCACAGUGGGCUCAUGGGUACCCACCUGGGUACGUGGGAGUGGGACCAGCGCCCACAAGAGUGGAGGUGGGGAGAAUGCAUCUGGGGCCUCCAGCGUGGCCGCUACACCGCCUCAGAUGCAAAGCCCCAAAGUGGAUCCGAAGACACAUGGAUUGAACCUUCUUCCUGAUGUACCUGAUGUUCCAUUAAACAGAAAACUGUCGUCACGGGAACAGCGAGAUGUUGAUGUGAUUAAGAGACUUAUUCAAAGCUACUUCCUAAUUGUACGUAAAAAUAUUCAAGACAGUGUUCCUAAGGCGAUAAUGCAUUUCCUGGUGAACCACGUACAAGACAACCUCCAGAGUGAGCUUGUCGGAAAACUGUACAAACAAGACGCCAUCGAAACACUACUCAAGGAGUCGGAACAUAUGUCACAGAGACGGAAAGAUGCCCAAGAAAUGCUGCAGGCUCUGCAGAAAGCUAGUCAUAUCAUCAGCGAGAUUCGAGAAACACACGUGUGGUGAGGUGUGUGUUGUGCUACCAGGUGGGGGAAAUAGUAGGGGGCAACUAUAACCAUGUGCUUUGGAGAUUCUAAAUGGGAGGGUACUUCAUGGGUUAGUGAUAGGGCUUCAGAAUCAGAAAAUCAAUACUUCAAGUUGUGUUCAUCUUCAAAUCUGUGCCCAUUGGCCUUUUUAAAGUAUGGUGGACGUGAUAGGAGUGUACUGUUUGGUUCUGGUAAUUUGCCCAAACCUUAUAGUGUUGUAGCAGUGUGUCCGCCAUAUCUCAAAAUGGCUUAUUCCCAUAAAGCUGUUAAGCAGAAAUUGCUGCUGAGCACAUUUCAUUGCCAAGCAAAAAUUUAGUUUGGCACUAGUUGCAGCAGUUUAAACUUGAUGGAAUUUUGGUUGGUAACAAUUUUUUUUAAGCAAGAUUUGUCUGUUAUGCUUACAGACUUUAUAAGAUUGGGCCAUGUUUGAGGAAUGAUUCACAGAAUUGUCUUCAUCUUAGAGUGGUCAAAAUAUAUCGUCAUGUCAAAAAAAUGUUAUUUGGGAAUUUUGUAUAUAAAGCAAACAAAUCAAUUAUAAUUUUUGCAAAGUUAAAGAACAUUGGAAGAAUUUUGUUGUAUUACUUUUGCAUUUUGAGUCAUGAAAUACUGUUUUUUUUUUUAUAAUUCAACUAAUGGGACAAUUAUGUGUCUUAAAAAAAAACUACCUUUCCUUUGAUGGACCAUUAUAUGAUAUUUAUUUGUUUAUUUAAAUUGCAAACAUGGCGGCCGAAAAGCCAAAUCAAAGAUUGACAUAGGAAAUAAAGAAUACAGUUUUUUGCUUUAAUGGGGGUGCGGGUCUCCACUCUUGCUUUUACCUGAAAUAUGUACAUUUGUUCAGCCAGGUUAUACCUCAUGCAAAUUUAUGCAAAAUAAUUGUGAGGUCACAAUUAUUAUUCAUGAGCAUGAAACGCAUAGGGUUGAGGCCAGUUUCCUUUUAUUGAGUCGUAGAUGAUUCUUAUCAGAAAUUAUUUCAUUUUUUGGCGUUCAUUGUCUGAAACCCUGUAUACACAUGGAAGUGGUAGGCUAAUUCGUAAGUCUUACAAAGGGACCAGUCUGGACUAACAAGAAAGGUUGAUUCUGACAAAACUGUUCUUAAUUUAAAUCUUGGAUUUUCUUUCGUGACUGGAAUGUGCUUUUUAAUUUUCCUACUGUAUAUUUGUUUUUUGUGUAGUACAAACAUUUGUGCGCAAUUUUUUUGUAUUGCAUUUGAAUGGUAUUAUAGUGUGAAUUAUCAAAAACGCACCAUAAAAUAUUAUUAUCUCAAUUUAUUUGACAAAACUGUUUUCAAACAAUUCGUCAGAGCGCCAGUCGUUCUCUAAAAGGACCAGAAAUGAGAAACUUCAGACUUUUAUCUAAGCUCAGCUUUUUGUUACUUGUACCUGGUGAAACAAAAGUAGCCAGUAUUUUCCCCAGAUAAAAUAACCCGCUCUUAGAUCUAUUUCUCUAGCACUGAGGAUAUUGUUUCCAAAAGCUCCUGGGAAUCUACAUUUUGGGUACAAAUUACUUCAGUUGGCAGACUCCAAACAUACACCUAUUCACAAUUAUCUCUAGACGACACAUUUCAAUAAAACUAUUUUGAGUUUGAUUGAAACUUACAAAGUCUUGAGUCAGCUUUAAGAUAUGUUUUUUUGAAUUUUCUUUUUGCAAAAUAUUCUCUUGACGCUGUACAAUUUCUGGGACAGACUCCGGAGAAAUGUUGUAAAAUGUUGGCAUACAUGUAGUUCCGCUAUUAGAUACAUUGAAAGGCAGACCCCCCCCCCCCCAAUA